AUGGCAAGCACCAAGAAGAAAGCAGAUGAGGGAGUGGAGAUCAGGAGGCUGGGGAAAAGGUUCAGGAAACUGGACCUGGAUAAAUCCGGCUCCCUGAGCGUGGACGAGUUCAUGUCUCUGCCAGAACUCCAGCAGAACCCACUGGUCAGAAGAGUCAUUGACAUCUUCGACACCGAUGGAAAUGGGGAAGUUGACUUCCUUGAGUUGAUUAAAGGAGUUUCUCAGUUCAGCAUCAGAGGAGACAAACUGCAGAAGCUCCACUUCGCCUUCAGGGUUUAUGACAUGGACAAAGACGGAUUCAUUUCCAAUGGAGAGCUCUUCCAGGUGCUGAAGAUGAUGGUGGGCAAAAACCUGCAGGACACGGAGCUGCAGCAGGUCGUUGACAAGACCAUCAUCCGCGCUGACAAAGACGGAGACGGCAGGGUGUCCUUUGAGGAGUUCUGCGCAAUGGUUGGUGGGUUGGACUUCCACAGGAAGAUGGUGGUGGACGUCUGACAGCAGCUGCUUGUGUCUUCAUCACUUCUCUCUGAGCUCUCCGACUGGACGGGAACCACAAACAAUCACUUCAAGCACCAGAACUCUGAAGGAAGCUGGUGUUCCUGCUUUCCAUGCGCUGAGCUCAGAUCCAGCGGCGGACAGGUGCUUCAGAGGGAAGUGUUGAUAUCUGGACCUGAUCUACUGAUUAUGUUUUGUAGAAUAGAAGAAGCCUAAUUUCUGAAGGCGGAUGGCUGGAGAUAAGCGGACAACAGAUGAAACGGUGCUCAGGAGAUCAUGGACAUAAGAAUGAAAUGUUAUCACAUACAUAACGAACGAUUCAACCACUCACAUCUGGACAUUAAUAAAAAAAAU